AUGAAGUCGGCAAAGCCGCAGGCUCCAGAAGCCUUGUCGAAUCGACGGUCGCAGCCCGCUCGACAAGCCCGCACGAACCCAGCACGAAACGCCAAUGUUGCCCGCUCGACGGCCGGUAGGGACGAGUCGGUGGGCGAACAGCCUAUCGACAUAUUUCCCGCCAUUACAUACUUCGCCGAUACCAUGACGGCGCUUCCAAAGGAGCUUGUGAGACACUUCGCUUUGCUGAGAGAAGUCGAUGCGAAGAUCUCUGGACCUGAAGAGCAGCUCUUUGGCCUGGUUGGGGACGCGCUCGCCAACACGGCCGCGGAAGACCGCCUCAGAGACGGCCAAAGAGUCUUCCACCUGCCAUUGACGGCUCCAACGAGCUUUCAUAAGCAACCGAGUAACGGCAGGCUUCUCGCUGGGGCUCUGCAGUCGGGAUCGUCAACAACGGCUGGCAACCCACCGACGGAAGAGGACUUGAUUCUCCGUCGCCGCCACCUGUUUGGCCAGAUUUCAUACAAAAUCCAAGAGAUGCUUGUCUCGCUGGAGGAAAAGAAUCAUGUCAUCAACACUGCGAAUGAGGCUUUACAAAGACAGCUGGCACGUGUUGACGACGUGUGGCCCUAUCUCGAGAACGAGUUCAGCGAUGAGGCCAAAUGGGGAAGCACAACGCAUUGGGCUUACCCGGAGAAUCGCAAUGGCCGAACAGCGCAUCCAGAGCGCACCCGGAGGGACGGUGCCGCGGCGAUUUCGGCUGCUGCCCAGGUCAUUGCGGAGGAGGCGGCCGCCAGAAGCGAUGCUAGGAAGCAAGCUCUCCAAGCGAAGAAAACCCUCAAAGCGCAACAGCAACAACAAGAGUCUGACUUUGACGAAAUCGAAGGCCGACAUCAGAAAGGCGAAAACAAGAAGAGUGCGGCCAGCAAGGUGCGCAAGACGGCCGAAACGAGCAACGUUGGGUUAGGUAUCUCCGGUGUCACGAAUGGGAGCGCUCCGCCAAAGAAACGCAAAGCGGAGAACGCAACGAACAGCUUGUCCCAAAGCAAUGGAACGCCGAACUCGUCAUCCGGACCGGCAGCGCCCAAAGGCAAAGUCGCUGCUGCCGCCGCCGAUGCGACCGGUCCGCAGCCAAAGAAAAGAAAAGCCCUCCCGUCUGCUAGUGGUCAAGCAAAGAAGUAUGUAGUCCGGCACCGAACUCAUCAGCGGGCACUAACUGAGUACAGGAAUGGAAUGUCGCCCUCCGUGGCCUCCUCCCCCGUCCUUGGUUCGCUCCCGGAACCCAGGGGCUUGAACCGCGCGUCGCCCGCGCCCAAUACGAACCCUCGACCAGCUACCUCCCGUGCACGUGGAAACUCGAUAGCAUCUCUUGCCGACGCGGCUAAGAACCGCCCGGCGUCUGUCGCGUCUGCACGGGCAAACGGCAACGGCCAAAGCAAUAGCGAGGCUGGCCAGACUACGUCAGUUGCUCGCGCCCCGAGCGUACCACGGUCGAUCAAAGAGUCAAGCGUGCCGUCGAGUAAAGAGCAAAAGAAGGAGCAAGAACGACCCGAGGUCGAGACACCAACAGCUCCUCCACCCCCUCCCGAGAGAAGAGAAACCAAAGCUGCUGCGGCACACGAACGCCGCAAAAGUGAAUCGGUACCGCCAGUACAGACACCAGCGACGGUCACGACCAAGAGUGGACGUGCCAGCAAACCGUCGACACCAGCCCUGCCGACUUUCCAGGAAGCCGCACAGUCUCGGUCGAGGUCUUCGAGGACAGCUGACAAUGGCGGAGCGAAGAAGAGCCACAAGAAGGGGGCAGCGUCAACUACGCAGGCACUCGCCCCGCCGCCAGUCGAGGAGGGGUUGUCCAGUGGCGAAGGUGACAUUGAGGAUGAACCACUGUACUGCUAUUGCAACGGUAUCAGCUACGGGGAAAUGGUCGGCUGCGACUCGGAUGACUGCGAGCGCGAGUGGUUCCAUUUGAGCUGCGUGGGAUUAAAGGUCGCACCAGCUGGUAAGUUCACUUCACGACCCUGCGCCGUGCUCUGCGACGCUAACGAAAAGUAG